AUGAUAGGAAGGCUGCUUAGCACAUUCGUCAUUACGAGCAUAGUCAGAUGGAUUAAUUUGUCCUCUCAAAAUGAUCCAAAGGAAUUACAUAAUCUAUUGGAUAGAAAUUCGCUCAGGAUAGACAUCGAAAAUAAGGAGGAGUGCUCCCUUAAAUAUGACAAGAUGAUGACGCAUUUCAGGCAUGUCUACUUAGUUCAAUGUGGGGGGCAUGCUAAAACAGUAAGACUAAAUUUAGGAGGCGAGUCAAAGAAGGAGGAUGCACAUCAAAGCGGAGAUACGAUUAAAAAAGGAGGAACACAACAAAUCGAGGAACCAAACGAGAAGUACAGUGCGGGGAAAAAAAGUAAUGUCGCCUUCUUCAAUGAGCGGGGGAAAAAAAUAACCAAAGAUAACAUAAUCCUCAAGCUUGAAAAUAAUAGAAAAAUAAUAUACAAGGUUUGCCAAAUGGAGAACCCUCCGCAAUGCAUCUUCAUUUAUGUCAUCAUUUCGUUCAAGUUUGAUGUAAUGCGCCUGAGGGAGUUGCUCCUUAGUAAUUAUACUAUGGAGGAAAAGGAAGGAGCCAAAUUAAACAUGCUGCACCGAGAAAAUGUAAAAGUAGGGAAUAUAAAUGAAUACCUCCUUCAGCAUUUCCUCCUCGAUAGCAGAAAAGUAAUCCAGUUUUACGAAAUUAGCGCUAACGUGACGAAUGACGAUCAUCCAUUGUAUCUGUACGCUUCAUCUCACACGUCCAACUUUGUCUACGUUGACAGAAAUUUGCGCAAUCUAUUAAAAGAGGAAAACUACCAAUACGAAACCUACUUCUAUAAAUUUCGAUGUUCUGAUAACUUCCAAAUAUUUGCGGCGACUAGCGACACCAGCAAGGAGAACUUCUUCGUGUACAGACUGGUCAUUACGUGCAACGGAGGUAGCGAAGGUAGGGACGUGAACGAAAUUAGCAACGGUGGCAGAAGAGACUUUAGUUCCCUCUUCGAUGUAAGCUUUACGGAUCCAACGUUUAUUAUUCCUCCAUUUCGCAUGGACGAAUUCAAGUAUGAUGUGUUCACCCCUGAUAACAAUUUCUGGCUUCGCAUUAGCUCACCAAAUGUGUGUCACCCCCCCAGUAAUAUCACCCUAAAUGACAAAAGGGUGAUCACUGAGUACAACCUCAUAACGUUAAAUGAGCACAUGGACGAACUGUUCUAUGACGACUGUAUAGAGCAGUGGAAACUCCUGCAGAAAAAAAGUUCUGUUCAGGAGGAUAAAAACUGCUGGGACGUGAAAAAGAGACAAGAUUAUUUGAUCUUUGGAAAUGUGCACGACGGGGACGCAUCCAAUUGCUCAAGGAAGUGCAAAACUGAUCUGUUUGCCGAAAGGAUAGAGCUGGAAAAUUCUUCCUGGCAAAAUAUCUUCUCAUCAAAGAGGAAAAUAAAAUUUCGCAACCAUGAAGAAAUAAACAAAGUUAUAUUCCCAACGAAAAGGGUCUUCAUACUCAAGUAUACAAAGGAAGCGCAGAAGAAACAAAGCAGUGUCGGAGCUUACACGAUGAACGAUAAAACGAAGGUGAUAUACUUCUUUUUUUACAUACACAAAAUUCCAGCCAAUAUUAUAGUCAACAGCUUCGCAUUUAUAGCCUUCUUGAAAAAUGCAAAUUGUGCCCCAAACAAUAUUUGUCACCUGGAAAAUGAUGGACAACCAUCCUACAUCCAAGUUGUAUUCAAGAAAAGAAAAAAUAAACGUUUGAGUUACUUCAGCACAAACCUGCUACUAACCCAGAAUAAUGAAAACUUUCGUCACUACAUUGACAAAAGGGACAACCUCAAGUUAUUCAUAAACAAUGAAAAUAUAUGCGACAAUAUUAAGUACUCAAUAAAAGAAAUAGGCAGCACGGAGGAAAGAAUAAACAUAAAAAUAGUCGAUCAAAAUAAUAACAUUCUUUACAACACCGAUUUGAUUAUUAUAAGGAAAAAUGUAUUUUAUAAGUUUGCCUUACAAUUACUUUCUUACUUUUCCUAUGCUUAUAUUAUUUCUUGUUUCUGUCUGCACACAGCAACAGUUUUAAAGUCCAUUCAAUUUGUACAAAUAUUGACACUUUUUAAUAUAAAGUAUGACGCUCUUCCCCCAUUGUAUAAUUAUUUCCUGAAAAAAUUGAAUCCACUUUCUUUCAUUUCUCACGUCUUCGAUGUAAAGGUAUACAGGAAAAGUCUUGUCAACCAGUUUGCAUAUGAUGCGCAACUACUUACGUGGAACUCAGCUACAGAUCCGCAUACCACAAAUGGAGAUGACAACUUGGAGGAUGGCCACAUCAUAAAGGAAAAACAGUUUGUACAGUCUGAGAGGAGGCAUUACUAUGGGGGGAAAUUAUCUCAAGAAAGAGAUACUGGUAGAGGCUAUUUCCACGGGAAAGCCAACAAGAUGAUGGAGAGCAACAUCAAAGGUGACAAUCUCCAAAAGGAUAACCAUUACGACAUAGAAGAAGAAACCUUAAUGAAUGAGACACCCUUGGAGGACUAUCCCCCCCACAGUGCAAGCAAAGCAGAUGCAGUUGCAAUAAAGAAAAAAUAUCAUAAGAAGAAAUCAAUGACUAACCAGCGCAAUCAAAAAUGGGAAGAUGAAAUUAUGUUUCUGCAUACCUUAGUUAGCACCCUUUUGAAUAUCAUCAUCAUUCUUCUUUUGUUGACAUCCCUCUAUUUUGUGUAUUCCAAAUAUAUACAAAGGAAAGUCAUAGCAGAAAUUAUUCCUAUGCCUUUCUUCUCUCGUGCCAAUUUUGUCCCCCUCAUAUAUGACCUAUUUGUAUUCCCUGUUAUUUUUAUCACAACUAAUAUAGUAGUUCAUGACAGUGGCUAUCACGCGAAGGUUUAUUUUCUGCACAUAGACAUUUAUGUGCUUAAGUUUGUUAGCAUAGUGUUGCUCUUUUGUUAUGUCUUGUCUUAUGUACUGCUUUCCUUGCAUGUUGUCCUAUCUGUGAAAAGGAGCACCACAUAUAGUUGUUAUUUGCAAAGGUUCAUUCCGCUCUCUAUCAGCAGAAUUCGUGGUAUUGUAACAAAGCCACUCCCUUUUCAAUUUCUUUUUAAUGACACCAAUGGGAUUUAUCUACCAUCACGCCUUACAUUACUUAGGAGUGCAGCACAGGGAAAAUCCUACCCCAGUUAUGCUUUCACAAACCAGCACGUGAAGGGAACAGGGCAAAUACACAAAGAAGAAAUACACCCAUUCUUCUUUUCUCUAUGCCCCCGUCGGGUAAGCGAAGCCAAAAGACACGUCACGAAUAAUACACCCCUGAAGCGAAUUAUUCGCAGUUAUGUAGACAAACAGAGGGGAAAAGAUAGACGAAUCGAUUUGUCACAUCACCAACCUUUGCUACAAGAUAUAGAGUUAUCAGUUCCCGGUGGAAAGGAUACCACAAAAAAAGGGUCGAGAAAACACAUUUCUAGUAAGAGGCUUUUUCCCAAGAAUGUUAAAUCGCCAAAUGGUAUCAUCACACCGAAUGGCGAUCAAAAAGGUGAUACCCAUGAUGGUAAUAACGAUGGUGACCUUGGUCAUAGCUGCCCCGAGAGGGACACCAGAAAUAACCCCGUUAAGGGAAGAAACAUAGCUAAAGUUUUUAAGAACGCAUUUUGCAUACUUGACCGACACAUUAGCGAGCAUCAAUUGGAUGGCACCCCAUUUGACAGCGACAGUUCCUACCCAGCUAGCGAAAAAUACCAGGCGCAGUUAUCAUCACUGAGAGAAAAUGAACCACUUAGUAUGGGUAUUAAUAAAUACAUAUGUAAAUCUCUUGGGGUGCAAAAUCAAGAACAUAAGGUGGACCAUCAAAUCGGAGCAUCUACACAAAUUAAGAUUCAUCAUAAAAGAGAAGAUAAAAAAUGCAAUCUGAGCACAUUAGCAGAGAAUUUACCAACGAUCUGCUUAACCAAGUGCAUAAAAAUAUUGCACCAUUUUAGUGCACUCUUUAAUCAAAGCAAAUAUAAAAUAUCGUAUGCUGAGGCGGUGAAGAAAGACGCAUGGAGGAACAAGCUUCUCCGAGUGACGAUCACCCGGGCAUCCCUAAACCAUAGUAUCCACAGCAGCAACGGAACCAAUGAGAAGGAUCCCAAUUUACAUUUCCUAACCCACGAUGAAGAUACACACAUUGGCUACCUCUAUGAUAAAGUGUCCCUUUUUAAGAAAACCCUCUUCGUCAAAAAGGCUGUUAAACUUAAACAUGUAUACUUUCUACUCUUUCAGAAAAAAGAAAUACAACUUUUUGUAAAUAAGGACCAAAUUUGUGAUGACACUCUGGGGAUUUAUUCACUUCUUACAAAUAAUUGUUCCAACGAAAACGCUUCUCAUUUCUUCUGUGUACGAUUAAUAACAGUCAUCUGCAUAACAACUGUGAAUCUUUCAAUUCGGAAUGAUGUCCUUUUCACCCUCUUUUCAUUAUCUCUUUUUUUCUUCGCCCUAUUUGUAUACAAUUUUUCUUCAAUUUUGAAGCCAUGGGGUGGAGCGGAAUCGUGGGAACAACUUGGGGAGUACCAAAAGGAGGAAACAUGUAAAGACAAAAAGAAAGCCACACAACCUUUCACCCACGAUGGAAAAUUGUCUAGUGGGAAGUUUUACCUAGGAUUCGACAACGUUUAUGAUAAGAAUGAUCAGGACGAUCGGAACGAUUCCGAUAAUGCUAAGCGUGAUCUGUCACAUUUCAAAUUCACGCAACAGGACAGGUACAAUGAAUGGAUGAAGAAAGAUAUGUUAACUGACGAAACGAGCUACUCUGAAUUAGUGCUGAGUGUGAUUCUUUUUUUUCUUCUCCUUUCCAAUAUGUUCACAAAAAAAGGGGAGAAUUCACAAUUGUUCAGCCUUCUCUUGUCCCUGUUAACCACUUCUCUUUGCGUAAAUAUCUGGAAAGUGAAAAAUGCCUUCCACAAAAUAAUAAUACAUGCUAAUUAUUAUGUAGCGACGAAAUGGCACUCUGCUUACUUUAAAACAUAUGCAAUGUACUUCCUCCAUGUUGUAGAACAAUUGUGUGAUAACUUCAUACAAUGGAUAGUUACCAUUCAUUGUAACAAUAAAGAUUGUGAUAUACCAACCGGAGGGGACACAACAAGGAAGACAGGUUACGCAAAUCUUUUUUCAUACUUUCGGAAUAAAAUUUUUCCUAAUUAUAAUGGAGUGACUUUUAAAAAUCUGAAAGUAGACAAAUUAAAAAUUCAUCAUCAAGAAAAAGACAUUGAUUACAAAUAUGAAGCGUUAACGUUAGACGAUAAUUGCAAAAACGUUUUUAAAUCUGAGUUGCGAAAAAAUUUCUACGUCAUCGGAAAAAUGAAUUUCACUAAAUUGCAGGAGGGACUAUCCAAUGUGCCCGUCUAUAUACAUAAUGACUCGAAGAAAAAUCGAAAAUAUUACAUAUGCUCCAUCGAUGUCGUGGAUGAUGAAAAUCAUAAUUCCAGAAAAUCCCUAUCCUUGUACAUAAAAGGGAAAGAUAAAAAGGGGAAAAAAAUCUUCCUACACAGUAGCAGAAGGGGCGACCUUCUCUGGACUAGCACAGUUACGCGGCAGAGGAAGCCCUCCUUGGAUUACAUUCCAACAUAUGGCAAAUUGCCAAGCGAGGGAAGACCUAUCAAAGGGGGUAAAACAGAUACUCCCACUAAUAAGGCAACUGACUCACACGUCCCUAACACAGCUAGCAGCGCUAAAGCACCAUUUGGGCAACAAACUGGCGAACGCAUUAAAGUCGACAAGUACUCCUACACACUACUAGGCAAAGAUGGACUGACCAUCAGAAGCCUCUUUAUUAAGCCAAACAAGACGUACAGAAUACAACCCGUGUUUAAGGAAAAGCAUCUAAAAUGUGAGCACUCAAAACAUGGGAACAAAUCAAAGUCUCCAAAUUUGAGCCUGGAUAAUUCUGCACGGAUCGCGAAUUCCUACCUACAGGAUCUGUCUGAUAUGGAAACAUUUCCUAAAUUGCACAAAAAUUGGAAUUCCCAUAUUGGUUGCGGGAAGUGGGAGGAAUUAUCCAACGAAGGGUUUCGCUAUUCUUCUAGUAAUUCCCAAUCAAGUGGUGAAGAUACCCACAGGAAUGGGAACAGGACAGCAAAACUUAGCAUAGCUCCACACAUAUGCUCACGAAAGAAGGGAAGAAAAUUUAAGGGGGACAAAGGCUUCCGACAAUUUCACGUAGUAUGCGAGGACAUAGGAACGUUAAUCAUUACGCAUGACAUCAAUUACGUAGACACAUUGGGGGAUAUAAAAGUGGAGAAUGAAUAUGGAGAAACGUUUUGUUUAAAUUCGAUUCAGAAUUGCAUUACUUUCAUAAAAAAAAAAAAAAUUGUUAUUCUGAGUCAUCCCUGCUUUUAUAAAAAUGAAACAUAUUACGUUUAUCUGAGAGGAGGUGGUCAAAAGUUCCUUUCCGAUUAUUUAACCGAAGGUAUUUACGUACAAAGUUCUCCCAAUGGAGAAAUUAUUUUAACCUCGUUUAGUCAAAAUAAAAAAAUGUAUUCUCUCCAAACAAGAAAUGACCAAAGAAACACAGAUAUAACGGAUAGUGAAGGGCAAAAUUUCUCCUACAAAAGUAGAACACUCCUGGACGAUCAAAUCCAUAUGUACAAAAUAACUGACCAUAAAAAAAAAAAAAAAUUUUUUUUUGUUAAGGUUCAUAAACAGAGUAACAUUUUCUAUGCGCAGAGUUAUCUAAGAAGGAAAUGUAAAAAUUCACUCGUCUUUGCAUUCAUGAAACAAUUUUUCUGUAGCAAAUAUGAUAACCUCCAGGAAGAACAACCGAUAGAUGAUUUCCUGGAAGAAAUAAAUCAGACAGAUUUUGUCCCCAUUCAGGUGUUAUACAAGCUUAAGGAAAGCACAGAUGUUGCUGCCGCCAAGAAGUUGCAGAAUUACUUUAUCGAGUGUUUAAAUGAGUCUCCAAUUUUGUGCAAGGGGGAUGACAAAUAUGGAGAAGUGACUGAUGUGGCUUACGAACUUUUGACCACAUCAGAAGUGGGAGCCACGAGGGGGAAGAAAAAAACAUAUGGGGGAUCAUCAAUUGUGAGGUGCUUCGAGAAAAAUAAAAACUGGUUUUUCCCUUGGAGAAAAUUCCACCUUCUGAGCGGCAGAGAGGAUAGUACCACGAGAGGAAUCGUAAGAAGUAUCUCGAGCCAUCUCACAAAUGGAAUAUUCAAAAAGGAGCAACCCAAAAAACACGGAGGAACAAUUCAUACACAGGAUGGACGUGCACACCAAAAUAGAAACCACAGCCGGAGGGAAGGCCUCCUACACUUGUGCAAAAGACACCUCAUCCGAAGAAAAAAAACGAAAGGCGAAAUUCUUUACAGAUAUGCAGCAAACUAUAAAGAUCUCAUAAAGACAUAUAAUACACACAUUAAAAUUUACGAAAGUAAGUACAACUAUGUUAAGCAUAAUAAAGGCAACAUAAAAGUGCUAGCGGAUAUUUUACUGGAAUUACUAAGCUUUCCUUACAUACUAGAUGUGUUUCAAAGGUACAACAUUCUGGACAAAAGAGAAGGGGAGAACUUUCACCAUUACGGAAACAACAUCAGCUUCAAUAUUUACAGCGUAUAUGAGAAGUGCUCAUUAAAUAAGAAACAAACAUUUUGUAAAAUUGUCAACUAUUUGGAGGAACUCGCAACCCAUAAAAUAAUGUACAUCAUUACCUUCUACAAGGAGAAACUGAACUAUCUCCAUCUGUUGGACAAAAUGAACAUGGAUGUAAGCGUUUGCAAUGUUCAGCGAAACAUCGAUCGAAUGUUUUACCACAGGUUUAGAUUUUCCAAGAGGGGGAUGGGAAGGACACGCGAUGGAUGGGACCAUCCCACGAGCAGGAGCAUCGCAAUCAGCACCCACGACAGUAGUAGCGACCGAAACGGUAGCAGAUGCCUUGCGACAAACGGUAAUCCGACGCAGGGAAAUGGUAACACGCUCAAAGGUGCACCAAAUGAAAGGAUUCACGAAAAGACACUCCACGAAGUCAUACUAGAAAGGUACAUUAAAAGGAGAAAAUCCUUUGGUAGAAAAUUUUACGAAAUAAAAAAAAGCAUACGCGAAAUUGCAGAAAAAUAUAGGCAAGAGGAACAAGGGACAAAGAAAAUUCUUUUUCAUUUCCCAUUUUUUAUUCACAAAAAAAAAAUAAUAAAAAUGAAAAAAAAUGUAGAACAACAAAUAUACGAGUGGAAUGCUUGUCUCACGAAUUUUUUUUCCAAUUUUUUAAAUCACUCUUUAACGAAGACUCACAUAUGCCAUUAUAAUUUGCGCAUAUUAAACAAACACAUAUUGAAUAGUAUAAAGCAUUCCAUGUUUGCUAAGCGUAAAAAUGCAAAGCUUCAUUUUUCCAAUGUUAAUUUUGUGCAUGUUGUUAUUCCCCUUUCAUUUCUUAACCCACAAAAGGCCCUUUUACUUUCCCCCACAUUUUUCUACAUGAAGUAUUCACUAUCUAAACCAAUUUUUGUUCUCUGCAAUCAAGAUGAUAUUGGCAGCUUCUUAGGGGAGGAAGGUGGAAGGGUUCACAAGGAGCGGGGGGACUCGCCCAAGUGGGAAGAAUCAUCAUACGGGGGAACUAGCCUAUUGGGGGAAGACGAAUUAAGUGGGAUGGAAAGGGAAGAAGGCGAUCGAAAAAAGACACGCCGCGAAAAAAGCAAACGGUGCAAUGCUCCGCGCAGAAAAAAAAAUGCACUCCCCAAGGAAACAAAAAUAGACUUAGAAAAAAAAAAACAAAAAGAACACAUAUUACUUCCAUGCUAUUUAGAAAUUGUGAAUGACCAUCUGCUUAUAUACCUUUUUGAUAACUAUGAUAAUAAGCUAUGCUGGAAAAUCGAACGGGGGAAUUACUCCCUUGAAACACGGGAAAUGAUAGAUAGGAAUGGAGAAAAGGAAGCAAAAUAUGCAACGGACGAGAGGAAGAAAAAGGGAAGAUGUACAACAAGUAACAAUGGAGAAACGGUUACGCAAACAUUACAUCCAUCUGAAGAGGGACACUCAAACUACGGCACGCCAGAUAAAGUAAAAAGCGAACUUGUAUACGCAGUUAUUAGUACAGACGAAAAUGAAGACACUGCAAUUUCAUCACUUAUCAAGAAGAAAGAAAAAACUAUACCAAAGUACAAACGAUUAGAAGAAAAAAAUGAGAGCAGUCAGAAGGGGGGGAACUACCUAGCAGAAGAAAAAAACUGCUUUGUAAAAUGUGUUCGUAUGUUCUCAAACUUCUUCAGAAACUUACAGGACAGUUGGGGGAGAAACCUUUGCCUCUUAUGCGCAUGUUACGAGGGGCAGGAGAACAAACUUCACAAUGGUAAUUCGGAUUACAUCAAACUGAUAGUAAAAAUUAACCCGGCUGUCAUCCCAAAGCUAAGCAAGGCCAUAACUAUAAAUGACCAUGCAUGGGAGAAGUUAACAGAAGAAAAUAAGCUUUUAAUUCAAGAAAGGAUUGAAGAGGUUUGUCUGGAUAUCAAGCGAGUACUUCCGCGGGGAGGAGGAGAUCCACCAGAAAUGGAUCCCAAUUUCGUCUCAUCAGACGAAAUGCUCACCCGUACCAAAAAAGAUCAUCGCCUUUACUCAAAGUAUCCAAAUGAAAACGUGAAAAUGGAGGAAUUUGCGUUGCCGGACGGAGUUCCCCCCCCAGAUGGGAAGCUGAGCGGAGAACCCCCCUUGAGCAGCACACACGUAAUCGAAAAAGAAUUUGCGAACGAGGAAUGGCACGAACUACAACUAUAUACAUUCAGUUUCUACAAAAAUAAAUUAUCGGAGCUGAUAACAAAUUAUACAAAGUCUCUCGGAAUGGAGACAAGCAAUUCGAGUGAGAACCGGGCAAAUGCACACCACGACGUAGGUUUAGACAUAAUCGAAAAGAGAGACUCAAUAAAUGAGGCGUGGAGGUAUGACCAUGUAGGUGAAGAAACGGAAAAGGAAUAUGACGGAAGGAAAGAAGAGGAAAGGAAUAUUUCUUACCUCCUAAAAGGCAUAGAAAGAAUGAGGAGCACAACAUUUAUAAAAAAAAAAUUUAUGGAAGAUUCAGAAAAAAGUACGCACAAAGAAUUAAUAUUUUACGAUAAAAAUCAACAGCUAUUUUGUAAAUACGUAGGAGAUAUGAAAAAUAAAUUUUACAAUGGACAUGGCAAAUUAUAUGACAAAUUUAACAGCUUAAUUUAUGAUGGACAAUGGCUGAAUGGACAAAAACACGGAAAGGGGAAAUUACUAUUUAAGUAUUUUAACAUUUGGUAUUUAUAUGAAGGACAAUUCUCAAAUGACGAAAUUGUAGACAAGGGAAUAAUCUCCCUCAUCGAUAAGGAAUAUGUGAAAAGGAUACAGUCCGAUAAAAUAAAUAAACUGUGUCCCUUGCUCAUUAAGGUGAAUUUCGGAAAAUAUAAAUGGCAUAAAACUGUUAAAGGGGCCAUGGAAGAAAGCGCACAAUUUGAAAAGGAACUAAUAAAACAGAUAGAAAAAACUGUUAUGCAAAAUUACACCUCUAAUAAUAAUGUAGAUUUCUGGCCCAAAGAAAUUACAGAUAUUUACUUCCCAUAUUUGAGGAAAUGGAACAUCUACUCCUUCUACUGCUCCUGCAACAUAGAAAAUAUCAAAGACAAGAAGGAAAUUUUCGAGUCCAAUGAAAACAAUUUUAAGAAUUUAAUUGGAUAUCCUUCCUUCGAGCUUCGCAAUGGGAAGAACGAUCUCUAUUUGGACCAACGACCAGGGGAUGACGAUGGACAGGCAGACAGCGAGGGGACCCCAGGGGAGAAUUAUCCCAAGCAAACCUGUAGGGAGGCUGAAGGAAAAUGCGAUUCCCCCAAUCAGUCACUUCCAAACAAUUCCUCGCAGGAAUACAUUGUGCACAAGCGAGACAAGACGAACGUACUGCACCAGGAAUUUUUCGAGUACAUGAAAAAAAAAAACGAGCCAAAGCUGUAUUAUCCCCUACUCAGUAAAACGCUUGGGUUGGCCAAAAUUAUUUACGCAGACAAGAGUGAAUACAUCGGACCGGUCAAUAGCAAGGGACAGCCCAAUACCAACGAGCAAUUCCCUCAGGCCAUUUUUAACAACGAAUAUUUUUUCUACGAAGGGGAAAUGAAAAAUUUCCUGCCGCACGGAUAUGGUAUAUUCAAAAAUAAAAAGGAUGGGAAAAAUACCUACUUGGGAUUUUGGAAAAAUGGGCACAGAGAAGGAAAUGGGAAUCUCCAUUUGGGAAAUAAAAAAUAUAUAGUUCAGGGAAACUUUAUAAAAGAUAAGCUCCAUAGUAACGUUAAUAUAUUCAUAAAGGAUGGAAAGAUAUGCAAAAUAUACAUAUCAAGUGUAAGUACAAAUAAUCAAAAAAUAAAAGUAUUUUUCCGAAAUGGCUAUAUUUUUUAUGGCCAUUUUUCAGAGAAUUAUCAGCGAAAUGGGAUAGGCAUCCUCAUAGACAACAACAACAAAAUUUUAUAUCAUGGAUAUUACAAAAAUGACAUGAUUGAUAAAUUCUGCUACAUUCUACGACAUAAAGAUAACACUAUAUAUUGUGGGAACCUCUAUCAAGGGGUGAAAAAAGGUUUUGGGAAAUUAUAUUAUGAAGAAAAACUACACUUCGAUGACGAAAAUGAAUUCAAUUUAAGUUUAUCUAAUGCAAAAAUUUUAGCAAGAAAAUUGGAAUCAUAUGAUGGAAUUGAUAUCAAUUCAGAAAUCCCCUUAAAUUUCUCUCUCGAUUCUAACCAUGUCAUUUAUGUUGGCUAUUGGGAUGAAAAUCAUUUCUCUCAUUUCGGCUCAUGUAAUUUGAGGAAUGGCAUUUAUAAAGGGGAAAUAAAGGAUUCCAAAAAGGAUGGCUUUGGAAUUUACAUAUACAAAAAUAAAAAAUCUUAUAAAAAUAAGAAUAGAUAUGUUUUGUCUUAUUUUAAGAAAGACAAAAUUAGCAGCAUGGGAAAAUACUACAAUGAAUAUGACAAACUGAAGGUACACUCUUUUCACAAAGAACAAAUUAAACGCAAAAAAUCAGCUUACGACAAAUGCUUCACUAAGGGAAAAAUUAAAUAUGACAUCUUAAAAACUGACAAACUGUACAUAAAUCAGGAGAUAGACUAUUAUAUUACCGUUCCCCUUUCCGACACGUUGUCAGUUAUUAUGGACGAAGUUUUGGAUAAAUCCACGAGUUUUGUCCAUUACUUGUAUCGCCCCUUUCGAUUCGAUUUGAAUUAUUUCCUGAAGAAAUGA